AUGGCGCUGUGGGGCACGCUGCGCCAUCGCCUUGGUGGAUCUGUGCCAACAGAUUCAAAAGAGUUUGUGGAUAAUUUUUUUACAACGACGCCUCAGGACCCGCGCUGGGGACUAAGCCUUAUCCAAAAGCAAACAGAGGAAUUUGUCGCCGCGCAGCUAGCUGACCAGCGGCGCGGCAUUGCGCUUAUUACGUCAGGUUCUACGAUCGUGCCGAUGGACCCAGAGAACGAUACAUUUGUCGAUGUGGUCUCUCAUGUGCAGGAGCAGCGUGGUCCAGCUUGUGCUGAGUAUUUCUUACAACUGGGCUACGCCGUCAUAUUUGUACACCGGGAAAAUUCCUUGCGACCUUUUACGCGUCACUUUCAAAAAAUUAUACAGAAUGGGGUCUUCAUGAACAUGCUUCGCAUGCAAGACGAUGGGCUUGUACUUUCUGGCGCUGACAUUUCGCAGCAGCUGCAGUUUCAAAAAAUCACACAGCUAUACACCGAAUGCAGCACUCGUGUGCUUUAUUUAAGCUUUACAUCAGUACAGCAAUAUCUUAUGCUUACCCGAAUUACUGCAAAGGCUGUAGAAGUGGCUAAGGACCAAGGCAUUGUAGUGCUCAGUGCCACACUCAUGGACUUCUACGUGCCGGUAGAUUCUUCUAUCGCCGCGAAGACAAUUGUGAGUACAGUAAAUGAAGACGUCUCUUCAUCUUUGCUCUUUUCUCCUUUAAAGCAUAGUAAAACUCAAAGCAUCAGAAAGUCUGCAAAGAAAACGACAAAAAGGAAAAGUGGUGAGUUCUCCGUCAACUUUGUCCGGGUUCCUAAUAUCAUUCACAAGAUUCGCACGGAAUGGUGUCCAAAGGCAUUUUUAGUCACGAGCAAGCAACAGCUUGCAAGUGGCGAGGAUAUAGAGGCUGCUCAUGCCGAUUUAGAGAAAUGGGGCGUCGAUGUAAUUGCGGGAAAUCACCACUCGCACGAAAUUCUGCUCAUUUCUGAGCAAGAGGAAGCAAUCGUGACGUGUCCUGACGAUGAGGAUAUUAACGAUGCGUUCGCAUCUGCGCUUGCUGAUAUGCACCGCAGCUUUCGGCGCAAGCGGGCGAUUCUCGCGCGAGGUAAACAGCUUUUACUACUAUCCGCCAAGUUUUCCAUGCUCAAGGAGAAGGAUGUGGUAAGUGAAGAUGCUGAUGGAAAUAAAAAUGUUCAGUUUGGUCUCGGUGUCAAAAUUCGAGCGGAUCGUAGAGCACCCGAUGCCAUAGCUCCCGUGUACGAACUCAAGCAUAUUUUUCAAAACAAAAGCCGCUGCGCACGAGCACACAUUUGGGAAAGUGUGGUGGAGCAUUCACCUCGGGAUGUUGUGGUUGCCUUCAGUCCGGCCGGCAAUCCAGAAACAAUUCGUGACGUAUGGGGAGAUUUCUGGUCAGGAUGGGCUGAAGACGAGUUGCAAGAGUUCAAAACGGAAAUGAAGGGAAUGUCAUUUUCGUCGGCGAUAAACCUUGUUACUUCAUCAGUCUCGGGUAAUUAUGAGCCUGCCUCUCAGCUUCUAAAGUUCAUGUGGAGUAAAAUUGGACAUGCCUGGACUGAUGGUGAGCAGACGCGUGUUCGCCAGAGUAUUCAGAACAUGAUGGCCGUGGCUUUAGAUCGUGGCCUUACAGAACCUCCAGGCAUCUCAAUUCUGGAGAGGCUAAUGCGCAAGCCUCGCAUUCAGCGCUUCGACUCGCUUGUGCUAGACCAACCGACAGCUGUGUCAGUGCACGCGCAGAGACACACUCGACGUCCUCGGCGCGACAGUGACACAGAUAGUAAUAGCUCUGGAGAAAUUAAUCCUGUGCGCUUAAGUAAAGCUCGAGUCGUUCGUGUGCAUCGUGCUAUAAACGAUUACAUGCAAGAUAUGAUAGAGAAAGGAUUACUGGAUUCUAUCUUAAAGUACGUGGAACAGGGAAGUCGUGUACAUGUGACUGGUUAUAGUAUGGGAGGCAUGCUGGGACAGCUUUUUAUGUUGUACCUAGGCGAUUACGCUCGCAUGAAUGCGUGGGAUGCGAGCAAAAUCAAUUUUGUUGGCUUUGGUUCUCCUCGAGUAGGUGAUAUUGGCUUCGCCGCUCGGCUGCGCGUGCUUUUCGACCCGCAGCAAUUGCUGAUCAUUAUGCAUCCUUCAGAUGCUGUUCACGCUUUUCCUCCAACGGCUGAGGGUUACGUGGACGCUUGCAUCAAGAUCUUCUUACGCGAAGACGGAUUGGGGGUUGCUCGACGCACACCGGGCCACUUUACACUGCUUCCCGUUACCAGGUCUAUUGACCGUGCUUUUGAGCACGCUUACAAAGAACGUGCGCAUGAAAAUAAAAACGAUCGGGCUUGUUCUUUUUGCCAAGGCAAGACUCACCUCACAGCUCAGCAUCGGUGCCGAUAUUGCAUCGAACGUGGCUCUCAUCGUGGGGCUGAUUGUCAGAAUCGCAAUAAGCCUUGCUUGUUGUGUGGUAACUCAAAUCACUGUACCGGUGAGCACAAAUGCCGCGUGUGCCAGCAGUAUGGACACCGUGGUCGUGUGUGUCAUGCUCAGCGCGAUGUUGGCUUUGCUGAGCUGCUCACCUACUUCCGGUAUCACCACUUUCUCUACUACAAUGCCAACCUUAAGAAGUCAGUUGAAUUUGCAUCGUGA